AUGACAAUUGAUAUAGAUACCGUCCAACGUAGUAUGGCUGUCUCCGAGACGGACCCUAAUCCCGACAUUGGAUCGGCAACACAAGACUUGAAGAUCCAAAAAGGCCCUGUUGUCUCUGAGAGGAAUGUUUCUGGCCCUGAGAUGCUUGCGGAGCAUGAGAGUGAUGUCAGAGGCGGAGCUAAAGCAAGCGGUGAAGGUGAAGGUGAAGGUGAAGGUGAAGGUGAAGGUGAAGGUGAAGGUGAAGCAAACGGUGAAGCAAACGGUGAAGCAAACGGUGAAGGUGAUGGAGACGAAAAUGGUGAAGCCGAUAGAGAGGAAAAUGGUGAAAGAGAUGGUGAAGGAAAACAUCCCCAGCACCUCCAGGAGCAACAGCAGGAGAUCAUUCCUGAUAGAAUCUUUGUUGGGAAUCUUCCAUAUGAGGUGACGGAGGAAGAUGUCCGGAAUUUGACUCCUGAAUUUGAGGUUGUCUCUGUGGAGAUUCCAAGAAAGACAUAUUUGAACAGGGCCUUGAAUAGAACUUUCCUACAAUCUAAAGGUUACGGUUUCAUCACAUACACUAAUGCAGAUGAUGCCAAGAUGGCCAUCGACUCAAUUGUAGGCAAGUUUAUCUCUGGAAGAGAAAUCUACGCCAAAUACGCAUUACCUCAGAACAAGGAAAAGUUCAAGCAGCAGCAGCAGCAGCAACAGCAACAUCCACACCAUCAUCAACAUCAACAUCAGCAGCAGCAGCAAUUGCAGCAAAAUGGGGGUUUUAUGCCAUACCAACAAUAUCCUAGGUUUGCGAGAUUCCAGGGAACCCCUCGUUACCACCAAGGCCAAAGACCUAUUCACCAAAUGCAAUUUUAUGCUCAACCUCCUCCUGGCGUCGAGUACUACUACUCUCAACCCCCUUCUCAUGUGCCAGCUCCUCAGGGAGUAUAUUCUCCUAAGCAGCAGCAACAACAACAACAACAACCAUAUCAGGUACCAGAGUCACACCAACAAGCACCUAUGCAGGACCAAGCGGAAGAACAUGGUGAAACAUGUGAUUCGGUGCAGCCUGUUGAUCGAAAAUUCUUUGAUAGCUUACCAAAGGAGACAAUCAAGCCCUUUAUUCCUCAACCUAUUGCGAUUUUUGCACCCCCAUACCAGACAAUACCAUUAUAUAGUCAACAACAGCAACAAAGUAGAGAGGACAAGCAGAGGAGAUUGGAGAAUGGUGUUCCCUCAAAGACCACCAUUUUUGUUGGCAAUUUGGAGAGAAACCUAACUGUUGAAGAUGUUGGAGAUUUCAUGAAGGAAUUGAACCCAAUCAAUAUCAAGGUUCCAAGGAAGGUUUUACCGCCGGAUGUUUAUAGAAUGCUCAAGCUACAAGGUAUUGCCAUUCAAAAUAAAGGUAUUGCGUUUGUCAGGUUCUCUAACGAGGAGUCGCAAAAACGGGCAAUUGACAUGUUCAACGGGAAGGUCUGGAAGGGCAAGAAACUAAAUGUUACAAUAGCCAUCAACGUCAAUGAUGAUCUCCAAAGCACCCAGCAACCUGGCGAGGGCGUUGGUGCUGACGCCGACGCCGAUGUUGUUGAUAAUGGCGAUGCUGUUGGUGUUGCUAUUGAGGAAGACAAAACAGACUGUGAAGAUGUAGAAAUAAAACUCGCUGAAAAUGACGGAUGA